AUCGAGAAAGGACAUGGCUGCGCUCCCGCCGUCUGCGCUGAAGUGGCCUGUGCCAUCGGACAUCGAAGUGAGCGACUCCACCACGCCGGCGCAUAUUGGAGACAUCGCGAAAGCGGCGGGCUUGCUCGACGACGAAAUCGUGUACUACGGCACUACCAAAGCCAAAGUUCAACUGUCCGUGCGAGAUCGCUUGGCGUCGGUCAAGGACGGCAAGUACGUCGUAGUGACGGGCAUCACUCCAACACCUCUCGGCGAAGGCAAGUCGACUACCACAAUCGGUUUGGCGCAAGCAUUGGGUGCUCAUUUGAACAAAAAGUCCUUUGCGUGUAUUCGACAGCCGUCGCAAGGCCCUACCUUUGGCAUCAAGGGUGGUGCCGCUGGGGGUGGAUACGCCCAAGUGGUGCCCAUGGACGAGUUUAACUUGCACAUGACUGGGGACAUCCACGCCAUCACCGCCGCUAACAACCUGGUCGCGGCUGCCAUCGACGCGCGCAUGUUCCACGAGUCGACUCAAUCGGACAAGGCGUUGUUCAACCGCCUGUGUCCGGUCAAGAAGGACGGGUCUCGAGUGUUUGCGAACGUCAUGUUGCGUCGCCUGCGCAAGUUGGGCAUCGACAAGACCAAUCCCGACGACUUGACCGACGACGAGCGCAAGCACUUUGCUCGUUUGGACAUUGACUCUUCCACGAUUACUUGGAACCGCGUGCUCGACACGUGCGAUCGCUUCUUGCGAGGUAUUACCACCGGCCAAGCUGCGACUGAAUUGGGCCAUGGCCGUAACACUGGGUUCGACAUCACGGUGGCGAGCGAAAUCAUGGCCGUCUUGGCGUUGGCGACGAGCUUGGCGGACAUGCGCGAACGCUUGGGUCGAAUGGUGAUUGGCAUGAGCCGAAGCGAAGUUCCUGUGACCGCCGACGACUUGGGUGUCGGCGGCGCCUUGACUGCGUUGAUGAAGGAUGCCAUCAUGCCGACUCUGAUGCAAACGGUCGAACAAACGCCAGUGCUGGUUCAUGCCGGGCCGUUCGCCAACAUCGCACACGGCAAUUCCUCUAUCAUCGCUGAUCAAAUCGCGCUCAAGUUGGUCGGUUCGGAUGGAAUUGUUGUCACUGAAGCUGGAUUCGGCGCCGACAUUGGCAUGGAAAAGUUCUUCGACAUCAAGUGCCGCGCCAGUGGUUUGAUUCCGCAGUGUGUCGUGCUGGUGGCGACUGUGCGCGCACUCAAAAUGCAUGGUGGUGGCCCCACUGUGACCGCUGGCAAGCCGUUGGAUGCAGUUUACGUCGAUGAAAACAUCGACCUCGUCACGGAGGGGUGUGCCAACAUGAUGCAGCACAUUCGUAAUGCGCUCAAGUUUGGAGUGUCGGUUGUGGUGUCGGUGAACCGUUUUGCCACCGACACGGAUCGAGAAAUUCAAAUCGUCCGGUCCAAGGCCGUCGAGGCGGGUGCGUCCGCAGCUAUCGAAUGCAACCACUGGUCCAAGGGUGGUGCAGGGGCGGUCGAAUUGGGCAAGGCCGUCGUGGACGCGUGUGCGGCGCCGUCCAACCAUUUCGACUUUUUGUACCCCUUGAACUGGUCUAUCGAAGAGAAAGUAGACGCAGUGUGCAAAAAAAUCUACGGGGCCGACUCGGUGGAGUUUUCGCCCUUGGCGCUCGAAAAGGUCAAGGUCUUCACGGCCUGUGGCUACGACAAGUUUCCGAUUUGCAUGGCCAAGACGCAUCUCAGCUUCAGCACGGACCCGACCAAGAAGAACGUUCCGUCUGGCUUCUCCGUGACCAUACGAGACAUUCGUGCGUCGGUCGGCGCAGGCUUCCUCUACUUGCUCUGUGGUGACAUCAUGACAGUGCCUGGGCUGCCCACGCGUCCUGGCUUUUACGACGUCGACGUCGACUGCGACACUGGCAAGAUUGUCGGGUUAUUCUAGACACGCUGAUACCUAGUCCUGUGGUACACCGAAUGCCAUGUUUCGUCCAAAGUACAAUGGAAUUCUCUGUCUGCGCCGUCUUCGUGCUUGUUCGUGUCGCGAGGUUAGGAAAGCUGCACGCUGAAACCACCCAAGGUGCUCACGAAUAAAGGUGGGUGAGCCCACCGACCACCUUGCGACGCUCGCCCGUCAAGUCGAUGGGCUAUGGAGCUCAGGUGGAUUCACGAUCGCGCCAAGAUGAUACUGUAGGAAUGUGUGGUCGAUAACGCUCUGCCAAUGCACAGAUUCAAGCAUGCUGCAAGAGCAUCGCGGUGGAAGCAAGUGUGGUGCCGCGACUCCCUUCUCGAAGUCAGUUCCCACAAGUUUCAUCCUUUCGAUCACAUCGCUGUAUACGUCAAAACCAUGCGCGCAUGAGGGCGGCGAUGACAAUCACCCGGCGUUUGUACUCCGACGUCACGACCCAGCUCCGAAUGCUCACACUUCCUGUGGCUGCGACCGCGCACGCUAAUGCGUCUCGGGCGCUGCAAACAGCGUUGAAGCUCAGCUCGACGCCUGCCUUGGCUCGUUUCAGAAUGAUUCCGAAAUCACUUCCAUUGGCAUAGCGCCAUUGUCCACGACUUUCCCCAAGCAGCGCGGCACGUCCAGGCGGAUCCUCGAAUGCCAUCCAUUCAGUCCACAUCACCAGCGAUACGCAUUGUAUUACCAUGCUGAACAACCUACAAAGCUCCAACAGCUUCCCUGCCGCGAGCGCAAUCCAAGCGGGAUGACAAUCGGUCUUCUUCAACCUUUUUCGCCAUAAACACCCAUGUUAUUCUGGUUGACGCGCGUUGGUGUCGGCGGCAUGGAUGCGAUACCGCGCGACAGUUUCCUCGACAAGCAAGUGGUCGCAAUGCCAGUCGCUGUCGAGCAUGUGAUUGAUAAAGUGGUCGGCGACGCUUGUCCUAACGUGAGUCGACUGCACCGCCCUGUGCACGUCGUGCCGGCUCUGCUCCAUGGCUGCCGCGGGGCUCAGAUGUCCAUCUUCGAGCAACAUGCGUAGUCGCACGAGAUGCAAGUGGCCCUUCAACACGUCGACGCUGGUGGCGUCGGCAUGCAAAAGCAAAUGCACAACGCGAGCUCCACGCCUCGAGGCUACGUCGUCGUCUACUUGGAGGAGAUACCGCUCGUUUGCAAAUGUGUCGAGCGUUUCCAAGCGCAGCUUGUCCAAGCGGGAGCUCAAGGCGACGCUGGUUCGUUGGAAUCGACUGGGGUACCCCGACUGGAACCGCAGCACAAACGCUUCGUUCGCGCUGACCUCGCUCGGGGACAGAAUCGGGUUCUCG